UUCAACACAGAAGCCGUUAUUUAAAUUUCUUAAUUUGGCUGGAAAAGAGCCUGAGAGUCCAAAUCCAGGUCAAAAAGUCUCACAUCUAGCAUAGAAGCGCGUGUGCGCAUGCGGAGGUCAGGGUUGACAGUCCGUCUCCACACAGUCGUGGAAGGAGUGUGGCGGCUAAGCUAACUGCAACCAUCGUAACUAGCUACAUGUGGAGGGUAAAACGGGAGGCAUCCCCGACCCCAACUCUGUCCAAAUUCUCACCUUUUACCCGAAACAACUCCAGAGUUCAGACUCUUCGAAAAUAAGGGAUAUCAUCUCUUUAAAAUGAAAGGCCGGAUCGAGCUGGGGGACGUUACGCCCCACAACAUUAAGCAGCUGAAACGCCUCAACCAGGUCAUCUUCCCCGUCAGCUACAACGACAAGUUUUACAAAGAUGUGCUGGAAGUUGGAGAGCUUGCAAAGCUAGCGUACUUCAAUGACAUUGCAGUGGGUGCUGUAUGCUGCAGAGUGGACCACUCUCAGAACCAGAAGAGACUGUACAUCAUGACACUUGGCUGUCUAGCACCCUACCGUAGACUUGGAAUUGGUACAAAGAUGCUUAAUCAUGUGCUAAACAUCUGCGAGAAGGAUGGCACUUUUGACAAUAUUUACCUUCAUGUGCAGAUCAGCAAUGAGUCGGCCAUUGACUUUUACCAGAAGUUUGGCUUUGAGAUUAUUGAGACAAAGAAGAAUUACUACAAGAGGAUAGAGCCUGCAGAUGCCCAUGUGUUGCAAAAGAGCCUGCGCAGUCCUUGUGCACCGCCCAGUGGAGAGCUUCAGAAGUCAGAGUAGGGGCACAGCGUUCGGAAAAGGCACUAAUGUGGCCACCUCCACAGAAACAGAACUGUGACAAAUGCCCCAGGAUUCAACACUUUCUUCAAAGGACGCUAAAACGAGAAAACAAAUUUCAAGCAUAAAAGUUGCUGCAUUUAUUUCACAAGGGGGUCCCCUGUUGUUGUUUUUUUUUUGUUUGUUUUGGUUUGUUUUGGUUUUUUUUUUGCAUAUUUUGUUGCUCCCAUUUUCUUCAUACUGUUAAUUGACAAUGACAAAAAGCUAAGCAUUCUAUAGUGCUCCUGUUGACAAAGUUACCAACUUCUGACAGUUGUAGACAUGGUGAAGGGGGAAGGGUUUGGUGUUUUCAAAUCACACUGUUGGUUUUUUUUUUUUUGUUUUGUUUUGUUUUUUUUUUUUUAAAUGCGGUUAUUAAAGCUGGAGGGGACAUAUCUAUGCUGUUGAUCAAAUGAAAACAGUUGAUUUGAAAAGUAAAGGGAAAAAGUGCUUGAAGACCAUCCCCGACACACAUACAGUCCCAGCUGGUCAGUUUGGAGUGAUACUUGAGUUAUGUGGAACAGACAAAGCUCUAUUCCUGUGCCACCUGAAUCUUGGGCCUCAUGAGAAAUGAGUCUGACCGGUUUGUUGUGUCCGGGGGGGAGACAGAAAUGUGCCCCCUCAGUACAGGAGAAAGGGGAAAAGCUUGACAGUUUUGUGGCAGUGGGAAGAUGCAUUCAGUACUUUUAAUUUUUAAAUAUUUCCAGCCUGUUAUUUAAAUCCCCCUUCAACUAGUCUGUUAUUUUUAUUUUCUACACUGAGAUGGCAAAUGGUUCAGAGGUUCUCCUGGGUUUAUCACAAAGAGUGAAAAUAUAAAGGAAUGAGAGAACCAAACAAAUGUUGUAUUGAAUGUGUUAUGAAUAACAUCAGAUCGAUUUGGAUUUGGGCAUUAUUUUCAGGAGUACGAUGGAGGUGUUUGUGGAUGCUUGUUUCUAAAUAUAAACAAGUGUUUUGAGACAUAAUACCUUAAACACCUUUGGCACCUUAUGUAGCCAUCUUAUGACAUUGGUCUUCUCAAACUUCCUGCCACAGUGAGCUUCAGUUAUUACACACACUUUCAGCUGAAAGUUUUGGAGUUUUGCUAUGAUCUCUUAACAGUGUAUUACCCAGAGGAAGCUCUGACACCUCUGCAUGCAAGGAGAGUUGUGUCCUCUCCACUGUAGUAUACGCAUGUUUUCAUUUCUUUGGAGAAUUUUAUCUUUUCUGGAGCUCUAUAUUGUAAAACUUUUUAACGUCUAAAUGAAUAAAUUACUAUUUGCAGUAAA